UCGGCCGUCGCCGUGUUUGUGUUGAUUGUUGAUAAAUUAUUGUUUAACGAUUCGCUCGUGUAGAUCAUUAAAAUACUCACGUUUUAGUACACUACUCGCGUUGAACAUUUUACUGUCUAUUCUUUUCGUUGAUUAAAUAUUAAUUUCAUCAUCAAUUUUUCAUUUUCAUUCCUCGAUAACGGAUUCUAUUCGUAAUUGCGAUAUCGUCAUCAAGCGUUUUUUUCCCGUCCCGCGCCCCACCGGACCGUCUGUAAGGCAGUUUAGUGCCUUCUCUACCGACCGCCGUUAAGAGUUCUUCGCGCCGUCUAGCGAUGGAGGCCGAAGACAAUAUACAGAAAAUGUAUAAAUAUUUCGGCAUACUGGCUGACGCCAAGGAAAACAUAGCUGAAAAAGAGCCCGAGUACUUGGAAAUUUUAUCCGCUGUCAAAGGAUCUACAAAAGAAAAAAGACUCGCAUCUCAAUUUAUAACUAGGUUUUUUAAGCAUUUUCCAAAUCUUGCUGCUCAAGCCUUAGAAGCACAACUUGAUCUUUGUGAAGAUGAAGACAUUUGUAUAAGAAAACAAGCAAUUAAAGAUUUGCCUGUAUUAUGUAAAGAGUCUAAGGAAUAUUUGACCAAAAUAGCAGAUAUACUUGCUCAGUUACUUCAGGCUGAUGAUCCGCAAGAAUUACUAACAGCACAAAAUUCAUUAUUAUCACUAUUUAAAAUUGAUGCUAAAGGUGCUUUAACUGGAAUUUUUAGUCAAAUGCAAUCAAAUGAAGAAAUAGUUAGAGAACGUUCUAUGAAGUUUAUAUUAAACAAAGUUAUGGCUUUAGGUAAAGAAAUAAUAAAAAAAGAUGUUGAGGACUUGAUAAUUGGUGAAUGUAAAAAAGUUAUGCAAAAUAUCACUUGUGAAGAAUUCGAAACAUUGAUGACAAUUUUAUCAUCAACUCAUCUAAUCAAUACUCCAGAUGGACAAAAAGAACUUGUUGAACUUUUGGCAAGUACAGCCGAACUUGAUCAGUUUUUUAAUCCUAAAGAUGUAGACCAAGUAAAUCGGUUUAUAACUUGUCUGGAUUUUGCUAUACCAUUUUUUUCGGUUCAUGUAGAAUCCACUCAAUUCAUUGUUUACAUAUGUGAAUUAUUGAAUCGUUAUACUCUUAUAAAUGAUGUUGAUAAACAGUUUAUUAUUUUAAAAUCUUUAGCGGAAUCUGUACCGUUUUGUGGUAAACUUAUGAAUCCUGAAACAGUAGUUGGUCAAGUAUAUCAAGCUAUUUUAGAUUUAGUGACUGUUCCUGAGAAUGAUGCCAGUAAAAAAGUUGAAGAUAUGGAUUUACAUCGUGUUGAAGCACUUUUAUAUACUUUUCAUAAACUAGGAAGGCAAUGUCCAGAAUUUUUGAGUAGAGAUCCUGAAAGACAAAAGGAAUUUAAAAAAAAAUUGUUAUAUGUUGGUACUUGUACACAAACAUUUGUGAAAAUUGUUAGACAAGAUUUAAAAGAAAAAGGUGAAGAAGAUGUAAAAAAUAAUCCAGUUAUUGAAAAAAAAUUAGAAGGAUUGAGAUUAGCAUGUAAUAUAAAUACUUUAAUAAAAGAGUUAUUUAAUAUACCUCCUAGAUUUAAGGCAACGAUUACUUUGUCAUGGCUUAGCAGUGCAACUAAAUCCAAACUUGCCCAAAUCGUCCAGGAAGGUAAAAAGCAUGAACCUAUAGUAGUGGAUGGAAAGUCUAAACGAAUUGAUGGCAGUAAUAAUAGUCAACAGUUAUAUCAACCUCCAAAGGAUAAAUUUAGUGCCAAAUUCUCGAACAAUACAAAUAGUAACACUAAUACUACUUAUACUAAUCGUCGUGGUGGCAGCGGUGCUGGAUGGAACAAUAAAAGGUCAUUUGAUUCUAGCAAUGGAAAUCGUCGUGGAUGGCGACCUUACUAAUGUAUAUAUCAUAAAAAACAACAAUUUUGUUUUAAACUUUUGUCUUUGUACUGUUUAUAUGUUUGACAAUUAUUAAAAGUAAAAAUGUUUGUAUGUUUUUCA